AGUGGAGAAUAAGAAAUUAAAAAUUGAGAGUAUAUAUAAUAUAACAUAACUCUUAAUAUGGUUGUCUUUCUAAAGUUAGAGGUGGAAAGUGAUAAAUAUAAAACCCACAACAAAAUUACUCUCUUCUGUUCAAUAUGUCUUCACUCUUCAGUACCACUCAAAAUGACGCAUCCUAUCCUUUGGGUCCCCACUCCCCCUCCACCAAAUGCAAAACCACGUUGUAUGACAUCACCUAUAUAUCAAGAAAGAUUCUUCAUUCAUUUAUUUUUUGUAUCGCCCACAACUCCGUCCUCGACUUCUCAAAUGGCUCAGAAAGUGGUACUUAAGGUGCUUACCAUGACUGAUGACAAGACAAAGCAGAAAGCCAUUGAAGCUGCUGCUGAUAUAUAUGGAGUGGAUUCAAUUGCUGCUGAUCUCAAAGAGCAGAAACUGACAAUAAUAGGAGAGAUGGAUGCUGUUGCAGUGGUGAAAAAAUUGAAGAAAGUAGCAAAAGUUGACAUAAUCUCAGUGGGGCCAGCCAAGGAAGAGAAGAUUGAAGAGAAGAAAGAGGAAGAGAAAAAGGAAGAAAAGAAAGAGGAAGACAAAAAGGAGGAGAAGAAAGAAGAGCACAAGUGACCAUACUUCAUCCAUUCCUUUCUGGGAACACCACACCAAUAUUUCUGUUUCAUCAACCAAAACAAUGUAACUAUAGAAAGUGGUUGCCAAUCCGCAAAUUGAGUAGAGUAUAUGCCAACUAAAUAACAUCAUGGUUUAUCUUUGAUGCACUUGAAUAACAAGCAAAAUAAAAUAAAAAAAGGUUUGAUCACCA